AGCUAGAAAGGCUAUAGGCCAAAAAGGAGCACAUUGCAACCCCCUUCUUUCUCCCUGCCUUCACCUAUAAAUUCAGCUUCAACUCCUUUCACUCCUCUCUCAUGUUCACUCCUUCCUCUCUUUCCCCAACCCACCUCUCUCUCUCUCUCUCAAGAAUGCCCUCCUAUCUUACUUCAAUUUCCAUCACAUAAGUCCAAACAACCCCUUUUUUUACAACCCAAUUCAAACCACAAGGCCUGCGCUGCAUCUCCCCUGUUUCUCUCACGUUCUAAUUUUCCAUCAGUUAACCAAACUGCGCAAUUUUGUGGAUAAGGAGAAAACGAAGGAAAGAAAAGAAAUGUCCUCAAGCGUGUGCCAGGGGCUGCAAUCAUGCCUCGAGCCACGCGUUCUCAAGCUCAAGCUUGCCCCGCGCAGACCCUCCGCCGGCUCUGACGCUGCAGCCAAGAUGAAGACAGCGAUGGCCCAGCCGGGCACUGAAGCCAUGGACUGGAGCUUCCUUCAAGCUUUCGCCCCCGCGGAAGAGAAGAGCAAGGGUGAGCAAGCCGCUGUCUAUGUCCACCCGCUCCUGAAAUGCUCGUCCUCCUUCCUCAGCGACCAGAGCCUUGAGAUGUGCACUGAGUCACUCGGAAGCGAGACUGGCAGCGAUGUCGGCGAUGGUGAGGCCCCGCUCCUCUCUCCUAGAGGAGGCAGAGACUACUGCCCUGCGAUUCGGCCGGCGAGGAAGAAGCUGAGCCAGAGCGGCUCGUUCCCGCCUCCACUAACGUCGGUCGGCAGCUCCACGGGGAUACAGGUGCGGUCCUGCCGGGAGGGGGGGAGGCUGGUGGUGGAGGCGGUGGCGGUGUCGUCCUGCCACAGCUUCUUCCAUGUGGAGCGGAGCCAUGGCCGUCUCAGGGUUCGCUUCUUGGAGGAAAGCGAUGGCCCCGAAACCGAAGCUGAAGAAGAAGGGGAAGGGGAGGAAGAGGAUGCAGAGAGGGAGGAGGUAGAAGAAGGGGAGGAGGAUGAUGAGGAGGAGAAUUUGAGGGUGGAAGGAGAAGACUUUGAUGAUGAAGAGUUUGAGGAGGAGGAAGAAGAGGGCAUGGAGGGAAAUAGGGGGUUCGUCGGGGGCGAAAUUGGAAACGGAAAGUGCUUGAGGACGAGCAUGAGGUUGUGCAAAGAAGGUGCAGCCUUGAAUUGGAAGCCCAAGCCAUGUUGGGUGGCUACUUGAGACCUCUCUAUCAAACACCAAUCACUAUCAUAACUAAGCACAUAUACUCUCCCUCUCUUCUAUGGACUGAUUAUUGAUGUUGGGUGAGGAAUUAUGGUAGUUAGACAUACUUGAUUUUGUGGCGGCAAUCCCCUGUCUCGACCUUCUUAUGUGUAAUGUGAAUUCAGAGGGGUUGUUUGCGACUACAACAAUUUGCUAAGGAUUAGGGAUGUACUUGUUAACCUGCUGGAUGAGGUGAUGUGACGUGUCUUUAAUAAUAGCUUUAGUUAUGUCACCUGGA